AUGCGUGAUUAACACCACUACACUGUUUGAACGUGGCCUUGUGUAAUUAUAGCCUUAGUUUUGUGACUAUUCUUGUAAAGCUUAAAAGAGGACCAUUUCUUCUCACCCAUAUAACUCAUAGGACAACGUUCGAACUUUUAUUCUUGCUCUAAUAAACAUAACGUAAGUAUACUCCUGAUUGUGUUUUUAGCAUCAAAAGCCAUAAAUCCACUUAUGCUCAGGUGGUAAAACUUGGCAUAAGUGGAUUUAUGGCUCGAUUUUUAAAAAUUUCUGAAAUCUUCCUUGUUUAUGUGACAUGGUAACUUUCUGAUCCGAAUUAUGCAUUUGUAUUACUACCUAGUAAUAAACGUAUGUCUAAUAAAUUAUUACAUAAGCAACUACAUUCAAGUCAGCAAUUUUUAUCAUUUAAUAAAAAAUUACCUGGCUGAGAAAGAAAUGUGAUACUUCCAGGGAAGUUUUCUUUUCAUUACAAGCCCCGAUAAAAGUUGUAAUUGUGAAAAAUGCAGAACGUGCGUUAACUGUAAAAAAAAAUUCAAAGCCCAAAUUUUGAGGCUUGUGCAGUUUAAAGCAUGUUAUUUACGUAAUCAACCUCGUUCCCAGGGCUUUUCGUCUCUUAUUGAGGCUGCGUUUAAAAGAUACAACAGGUCCUGUGAUUGAGGUUGUUAGGUAAUAUCAAAAGAUCCUAAGUUGCUUUGCUGUACUCAUCUGAAGGAAUGUUUUUUACUAGAACCGAGAAAGAAAAGCAUUGAAGAGGGCCUGAACAUACAAACAUUUUUUCGACAACCAGCGAUGUUUGUGUGUAUAGCACUGCAAAGACGUUGGUAAUUAACUGCAAUAAGCAGACAAGAAAUUAUGCUGACUUCACAAAAUGGCGAUUUCAAUAUGUUUGCUUGAACUUGUUCACGUGCUUCCCUCAUAUAUGCUGAUAAAGACAUUCCUUAAAUAAUGUAAAAAUUUAAUUAGUUAAUAAGCCACCAGAGAGAGAGAGAGAGAGAGCAGUUGAAAGGUCCAGGAUUUAAUUAAGAUGCGACGCAAAUUGCAAUGUCUAACUUCAACAAUUUAUAGCAUCUACGGUGAAGGGUGAUGUCAAAAUUUUUUUUUUUGUCAAUUAUGACAUUGUCAGCUAAAUCGAUCACAAUUAUUUUUGUUAAUUUUUUUAUUGCACGUAAAUACCAUCUGUUCAAUGUGAAGUAUGGAGAAGCUUUGAGAUCAAGCACUCGGAAUAUCUUAGUGAAAAAUUCAGUUCUGAUUAAUACAGAUAUGGAGAAGAAACUGAAGCUGUUCCUGCAAUUGGGUUUUGCAUCCACGCUAGUGUUUUGUGCGUCGGCUUUAAUCGGGUUAACUUUGGCGUUAGAUUCAUGGAGAAGUGCAACUAUUGUCGAGAAUAAAAUAUCAACUCACUAUACGCAAGGAAUAUUUAAAGAAUGCAUUAGAAACAGUACACACAAAAAUGUUUGCCACGACUGGAGAGUGUCCAAAUAUGCAAAAGAAUUUUACCAAUUCGAAGAACUCUUACUUUCGUUGAUAGUUUCAUCAAGUGCGUGCGGUGGUCUCAGCUUAUUGCUUUCAUUAGCCGCUACCACCUCACGUCUACCUAAACUUGUACUUCAGGUGACUGUAUUAGAACUCGUUUCAGCGUUGCUUGGUAUCGCGUGUCUAAUCAUUUACACAUCUCAAUUCAUUAAAGAACCUUGGUCACCAGGCCUCUCAUAUUUUUGUUUGUGGAUUGGAACCAUUUUUAUGUUAAUUGGACUAGUUACGCACACAUGUGUAGGAGACGUGAAGUUUUACGGAAGAAAAUUUUUUAUUCCACCACAACCACGGUACCGAUAUCAUAAAGGGUCCAACACUGUGGUCGAGUUAUAGUCGUUGAGUUAUAACACCGCCGUGAGUUAUAACACUGCCGUCGAGUUAACAAUUUACGUUUGUUUCACGGACAGUAUCCUCUCAGUUUAAAGCUUGAAGCUUUUCCACUUAGUUGUCUCUGGAAAUCACCACCUGGUUUGACUUUCUUUGGAUCCCCUCGUACUUGUGAUUAGAAGUUCAAAUUUUUCUUCUUUGUUUAAAAAACUGUAGAGCUUCUUUUGGUGGCCUUAUUAUGAAAGAUGGAUCUAAAAAUAUGAAAAAUGGAAUAAUUAAUAUUUUAUAUUGUAGUUUUAUUUUAUUUAUGUACGUUGGUUUUGUAAAUAUAUUUAUCUUAUCAUGUUUUAAACUUGCGUUACUUUAACUAAAUUUUGGAAUUGAGGUGUAUUUUGUAUCAUUCUUCUUUUUUUUUUCAGAAUUUAAAAGCUAGUACAAAAAAGGGACACAAAACCUUGGCCGGGGUCUUCAUACAGAGAAAAAUCAACACGGCAACCCCGGUUUUCUAGGGACAAAUAUGAAAAAGUUAAGUUAUUUGCCAUCCAUGUGCAUCCGCCUAUUAAAUCAAACUCGGCAAAUUUAAGUUACUAUAUUAUGAUGGCGUAAAUAUUCGUUGUAUAUAUUUAAAUAUGUGAAUAGAGUAUGAUAAUGUCAAGACAAAUACAUUCUAUUCUGUCUUUA